CGUCCCUCUCUCUCUCUCUCUCACCCCUGCCAGAGCCAGCCUCCUCCUUCCUCUGCUCGGAGAUCAGGAGACGACGACCCUGUCCUGACCCGCGCGCCCUCCCGACCCCCUCCCCUCCGCGCGCGUGCCGGCUAUGGCGAUGGACGACGUCGCGGGGGCCUCCUCCUCCUCCUCGAUGGCGGCGGCCGGCUCCUCCGACCCGUCGCACGGCUGGCAGACGGUGUCCUACCCCAAGCGCAACCGCAAGCAGGCGCAGGCGCCCCGCGCCGCGGCGCCCGAUCUGGCGCUGCAGGCCAACGGCGGCAAGGCCGGGGUCUUCGACGCCGUCGAGAAGCGCUCCCAGGAGCGCCACCGCGCGCUGCAGCAGCAGCUGGCGUCCAGGGCCGCCGACCUCGACGGCGCGCGGAUCGCCGCGGCCACGGGGUUCGCCGCCGACUCCGACGACGAGGACGACUCGGACGAGGCCGCGGCGCCGCGACAGGAGGGGGAGCCGAAGAAGCCCAAGAAGCCGAAGGUGAAGAAGCCCAAGGUGACGGUCGCCGAGGCCGCCGCGCUGAUCGACGCCGAGAGCCUCGCCGCGCACCUCAUCGAGAUCUCGGGAUCGUACGAGAAUCAACAGGACAUUCAACUCAUGAGGUUUGCUGACUACUUUGGCCGGGCAUUUGUAACUGUAAGCGCAGCCCAGUUUCCAUGGGCGAAGAUGUUCAAGGAAUCUCCCGUGUCCAAGAUGGUUGAUAUCCCAUUGUGCCAUAUUCCUGAGCCAGUCAUCAAGACGGCUAGUGAUUGGAUCAGUCAAAGGUCUUCUGAUGCCCUGGGAGACUUUGUCUUGUGGUGUAUCGAUAGCAUCAUGUCUGAAUUGUCAGGCCCAGCAGCAGGAACUAAGGGUUCAAAGAAGGCUGUCCAACAGUCUCCAAGGGCUCAGGUUGCAAUCUUCGUUGUUCUUGCCAUGACUUUAAGAAGGAAGCCUGAGGUACUAACAAACAUUAUGCCAAAGAUAAUGGGAAACAAUAAAUAUCUUGGACAGGAAAAGCUUCCCAUCAUUGUCUGGGUUAUUGCUCAGGCAUCUCAAGGUGACCUAGUAACUGGCAUGUUUUGCUGGGCUCAUUCCCUAUUUCCCACAUUAUGUGCGAAGUCAAGUGGUAAUCCCCAGGCAAGAGAUUUGGUUUUGCAGUUGCUUGAAAGAAUUUUGUCUGUCCCCAAAGCUCGAUCAAUCUUAUUGAAUGGAGCUGUUAGAAAGGGGGAGCGCCUGGUUCCCCCUGUUUCAUUUGAUUUGUUCAUGAGAGCCACAUUUCCUGUUUCUAACGCUCGGAUCAAGGCUACAGAAAGGUUUGAAGCGGCCUACCCAACAGUCAAGGAGUUGGCUCUUGCUGGUCCUCCUGGCUCUAAAACUGUGAAACAAGCAUCGCAACAGCUUUUGCCUUUGUGUACAAAGGCAAUGCAAGAUAAAAAUGCAGAGCUCACCAGGGAGGCUGUUGAUGUAUUUGUUUGGUGCUUGACUCAAAAUACAGAGUCCUACAAGCAGUGGGAAAGAAUUUAUGCUGAAAAUAUUGAAGCCAGUGUUGCUGUCCUGAGCAAGAUUGUGAUUGAUUGGAAGGAUGUGUCUCCUAAGCUCAAUGGUGAAGCUCUUAAGGCAACUGUGAAGAACUUAAAGGCUAAGAAUGAUGCAGCGCUAGAGACAGCAACAGAUGCUGGAAAACAGGCAUCUAUCAAAGAAGCAGACAAGCACUGCAAGGUGGUCCUUGGAAGGCUGACGCGUGGUGCCACCUGUCUGAAGAGCAGCCUGGUGGUGAUCGCCCUUGCUGUUGCUGCUGGCUUCAUGCUAUCUCCUGACAUGGACCUCCAGUCUGAGUUGGAGAAGCUCCAGGCGAUGGUCUCGUCGCACCUGUCGUUCUAAACAUACCCGUCCAGAUGUCCAUCAAAGUUAUACAAGCCGUCCAAAUGGGAUGGCUCGCUCAGCAGUGAAGAGAGCUCAGGGGGUGUGACAUAAUAAGAGGGGAUAGAUGCUAGAACCAAAAGGGGAUAUAGUUUCGUGAGUUGCCUGUUUUUUUUCCCGCAUCUCCUCCCAACAGCAUCAGAGCCUGGGAGGAGAUGCAGUCACUUUGCAGAGAGUUGGGGUAAUCGGUAGACUGAUGAGUGCGAAGAAGGUUCGGUCAAAUGGGCUCAACCAGAGGACUAACACUUUGCUUGUCUCGUUCUGCAUACGAGAUGAUGAUGGCAAACAGUUUUGCUUUUUUAAAUCUAGAAUCUUGAAUCGUAUUCCAUGUGCUGUGUUCUGGUCGGCUAAAAUGUAUCUGUUGGUGUUGAUAUCCGGUUAAA